GUAGGCCUUCUUAUUCUGGCUGGCUGGCUGCAGCAACUGCAGCCUGCAGAGGGCAACGCCAAACCCACACACCACAGUACACACCUCGCUCCUCUCUGACGCCUUUUCUCCGAUCCCCUGCUGGAAUAAUAAUCUGAUUGCCCCCUCCUCUUCCUCCUGCUCGAUCGAUCGAUCUCCUCUCUCAAAUAUAAUCACACUUGGACACAGCAGCACCAGCAGCUAGACCUGAGCUGAGACCACACAACCACAUACAGGGGAGAGUGAGAUAGCUAGAGAGAGGAACUGCAGUCCAGACUGUAAGAGAACACCAAGAAACAGAAGGCACGGUGUGGUGUGUGGUGAUCAUGAUGCUCUCUGAUCUCUCGUCCGACCACGAGGCCACUGGAUCCAGCUCCCAUGGCGGGGACAUCGCCAGCUACGCCCUGAGCCCUCUCUUCCUCGCGCCGGCGACCUCGGCCACCGCGCCGCCUCCGCCGCCGCCGGAGGCGCCCAGGGCGGCGGGGGCCAAGAGGAAGAGAAGCCAGCCCGGCAACCCAGACCCCGGCGCGGAGGUGAUCGCGCUGUCGCCGCGGACGCUGGUGGCGACGAACCGGUUCGUGUGCGAGAUCUGCAACAAGGGCUUCCAGCGGGACCAGAACCUGCAGCUGCACCGCCGGGGGCACAACCUCCCCUGGAAGCUCCGCCAGCGGAGCCUCCCGUCCGCCGCCGGCAGGCAGGGCGACGCCGCGGCGCCGCCACGCAAGCGCGUGUACGUCUGCCCCGAGCCCACCUGCGUCCACCACGACCCUGCAAGGGCGCUGGGGGAUCUGACCGGGAUCAAGAAGCACUUCUCUCGGAAGCACGGCGAGAAGCGGUGGCGGUGCGAGCGGUGCGGGAAGCGCUACGCCGUGCAGUCGGACUGGAAGGCGCACGUCAAGGGCUGCGGCACUCGCGAGUACCGCUGCGACUGCGGCAUCCUCUUCACCAGGAAGGACAGCUUGCUCACGCACAGGGCCUUCUGCGAUGCCCUAGCCGAGGAGAGCGCGAGGCUUCUUGCGGCCGCUGCAAGCAACGGCAGCGCCAUCACCACCACCAACAGCAGCAACGGCAACAGCAGCAGCGACCUCCUCUUCUCCAGCAGCAUCGCCACGCCGCUGUUCCUCCCGUUCCCCAACAACCCGCCUCCUCCUGCCGCGGCGGCGCAAAACCCUAACGCCUUCUACUUCCUGCAACAAGAGCAGCAGCAGCUGGCUCCCUUCCUGCAGCCGAGGAUGGUGCAGCCGUCGCCGUACCUUGACCUCCACGCAGACGCCGCCACCGUCGCCACCGCCGGUGGCGGCGGCAUCGUCGCCGACGCGGUCAACUUCGGCCUCGCCCCGGACGGCUCGGUGGCUCUGCGCGGCGGCCACCGGCGCCUCACCAGGGACUUCCUCGGCGUCGAUGGCGGCGGUCAGGUCGAGGCGGAGCUGCAGCUGCCGCUCUACGCCACGGCUGUCGCCGCCGCCGUCCCCCGAGCUGCCAGCUGCGCCACCGACCUCACCAGGCAGUGCCUCGGCGAGCGGCUGCCGCCGGUCAACGAGACGUGGAGCCACAACUUCUAGGCCUACUUGAAGCUGAGAGAAGCCACGCUCAAACGGCAAUACUGCAUGCAGGCUUGAAAAGCAGCCAAACUAUAAGUGUAGCGAUCGUCGAGCGUGUCAUCUUGUUCGAAUUCACGCUGCUGUUAAUUAAUUUCUUGAUCUCCAUUUCCUUGUUUAAUUCUCGUCGUCUAGGGUAAUAUAUAUAAGGCGGAUUCGACCUUGGAAAACUUUUGACGAGUGGACCUUAUCGAAUUAUUUAUGCUGGGUUUUAAAAUUUAUUUGUUUCCCGGAGAGGCAUGUUC